GAGGCUUUUUGGCUAAGGUUUGCACUGCAGAGCCCAGCCUCACGAGGGGUUUGUGAUUUAGAGGCGAUUUAGCCAAAUGCUGUUCCUCGAGCUGGAGCGCUUUGCAGCAGAAGGGGGAGGAAAAAAAAAAAAACACUGUGGCAUUUACUAAUAAAACUCUUCAGGAAUAUUUUUAGCCGUGUUAUGUCGCACUUCGCCACAAAGCGCUCGCUUGUGAAGCCUCCUGGCGGAGGCAGAGGGCUGGGGGAGAGGCGCAGGCGGUGCUCCCGGUGGGAUGUGCUGGGGCACGGGGCAGCCCAUGCAGAUCUGCCCCCAGGCUGGCCAGGCAGCCAGCUUCUCCUCCGCUUGGCUGGAGGGCCUGACCCUUCCCCUGUCCUUGGAAAUGGGAAACAAGCUUGUUAGAGAUGGGCUUGGCAGGGGCUGGUGGGCGCAGCUCAGCCCUAUGGUUCCUGUGUCAGCUGCAGCUGAUCCUCGCUGCCACCCAGGAUCGGGGCUGAGACCGCCCCACUCAUCGCAUGUGUGAGCCUCCAGCCUCCCUGAGCUGAGGGAUUGGUAGCCCAGGAGCAGCCCCCCGUGGCCUUUCAGGUCUGUCCUUUUUUCAUCUGUUCCCAUGGCAGGAGCCACCUACAGCACUGAGAUCUACCAGGGCACAGCCACAGCAGCACUCAGGGAGCACCUACAACCCUUGGCCAACCUUAAAUAACCUGGCCCAGGGGUGCGGUGGGCCCCAGUUGAGGCUGCUGAGGAUGGUUAUGGGCUGGCAGUGCCCACCUGAAGAUGGCAAUUUGGCCCUUUAUGGCCUGCAGCCGCCCAGGUUUAGUGUCACCAGUGGGUGGCUCUGCCUGGCUGGUGGUGCUGGUGCACCCGUGGCCACCUGCAGCGCUUCCAGGAGCGGUGGGGUCUGGUUUUCGGACCACACUGGACAUGUAGAAGAAAUAAUGAGUUAGUCUUGGCCAAAUUCCACCUGUGCUCAGGCUCCCCCUUUCCCCUUUCCCAUCGCUGGGCACAAGCGGCUCAUUAACAGCUUUCUCCCUUGCUUUGGGAAGCGCCGGAGGGAAUAAGCUCAGCAGGCAGAAUAGCAUCUGCCAUUGUGCUGCAGGAGCACAAUCGGCCCUUUCGGAAGCUCGGAGAGUGUGAGCGCUUGCCGGCAACAUGCCGCUGGUGAAGAGGAACAUCGAGCCCCGGCACCUGUGCCGGGGGGCUCUGCCCGAGGGGGUGACGAGCGAGCUGGAGUGUGUCACCAACAGCACGCUGGCUGCCAUCAUCAAGCAGCUGGGCAGCCUCAGCCGGCACGCCGAGGACAUCUUUGGGGAGCUGUUCAAUGAGGCCAACAGCUUCUACAUGCGGAUGAACUCGCUGCAGGAGCGGGUGGACCUGCUGGUCAUCAAAGUGACACAGCUGGACUCCACCGUGGAGGAAGUUUCUCUGCAGGACAUCAACAUGCGGAAGGCAUUCAAGAGUUCCACGGUGCAGAACCAGCAGGUGGUUUCUCGCAACUCCAUCCCCAACCCGGUGAUGGAAAUGUACCAGCGCUGCGACAAGCCCCCGCCACUCAACAUCCUGACACCGUACAGGGAUGACAAGAAGGACGGCCUCAAGUUCUACACCGACCCCUCUUACUUCUUCAACCUGUGGAAGGAGAAGAUGCUGCAGGCGACAGAGGACAAGAGGAAGGAGAAGCGCAGGCAGAAGGAGCAGCGGCUGGUGGAGGACUCCACCCGGGAGGUGAAGAAAGUGCGGAAAGCCCGUAACCGGCGCCUGGAGUGGAACAUGAUGGCGUACGAUAAAGAGUUUCGGCCCGAUAACAGGUUCUCACCAUCCCCAUAUCACAUGGCAUCAUCGGAAGGAUCACUGUCCCCAGACAAUAGAUCCUAUGCCUCAGACGCUGCCGACCACUCAUACCCAGCAAGCCCCAACCACCCAGCACAGCUGCUGGCCCCCGCUGCCCACCUGCCAGCCGAGCACAAGGAGGGGGUCCUGGCGGCCGUGCCCCCCCAGGAGCAUGUCUACCGCCCGCCGGCAGGCAGCCGGCAGAACAGCCUCAACCGUGCCCAGCCGCCCCACGCACCGCAGCCCCCUGAGGCUGUGCUGAACGGGCCUAGGCCGCACUUGGUCAAGGAUUUUGGCCCACAACCAGUGCCGAUGGCAGAGUACUUCGUGCCGCCAGCCCCGCCGCCCCCACCACCCGUCAUCCCCUCGGCACAGACCGCCUUCGACAGCCCCAUGGCAGCCCCCGCAGCGCUGCCCCCCGGCGCAGCUGCCCCCCAGUCCUACUCGCCCUCGCCGCCACCCCCCGCACCGCCCGGCCCCUACUCUGCUUCCCCGCCACAGGCCGGCCCCAUGGGCCCCCCUGUGGCCCCGCCACCACCACCACCAGGGCCCCCGGCGCUCGCCGCCUCGCCGGCGCACUCGGUGUCGCCGCCGGCCCCUGCCGCCGAGCUGCGGAAGCCAGCCAUCCCGCUGAUGCCCAUGAGCGAUGCCCGGAGCGACCUGCUGGCGGCCAUCCGCAGGGGGAUCCAGCUGCGUAAAGUCCAGGAGCAGUGGGAGCAAGAGGCCAAGAAAGAGCCCGUGGGCAACGACGUGGCCACCAUCCUGUCCCGCCGGAUCGCGGUGGAGUACAGUGAGUCGGACGACGACUCAGAGCUGGACGAUAACGAGUGGUCAGACUGAGGGGGCCGGGACCGGGCUGGCGGGGAGCUGCUCCGCACCAGGUGCGUACCUGGGUGCCCACACCCGCUAUCAGCCCCGCUAAUUCAGGAGCUUUUGCUUUUUACACCAUGUCGAAAACCAUGUCGGGCAGCGCUGGAGGCUGUGCACGGGUAGGACGCGCCUCUGGGGCGGUGAGGCCGGGAAUUAGCAGCACCUCCGCGUUUAACGAUGCUGGAAAUGCUCUCUGGCAGUGGGUAAUGCACGGCCACAGGGUGGCUUUGUUAGGGAAACGACACCACGAGGCAGUAGGGCUUUUGCAGCUAGAUGUUAAAUGCGUAAUGGGGAGAUCGAGGGGUUUGCAACCUCUGAGCCCGUUCCCAUCCUCAGGACCAGAUUUUUGGGAGAAAAGCGUGAAGGCAAGGCUCGUGCAGCUGGCACAUGUGUGUCCUGGGGGCAAGGGGCUGGGGUCCAUGUCCCAAAAGCCCCAUAACACUUGGCCUGACUGCUAAACCACUGUAGUUAUAUUUGACAAAAAAAUAUAAAAAAUGCUGCUCUUAGGUAAACCCAAACCACUGAAACAGAGCGAUGCUCAGUCUCGCUCUCUCGAUUUGCACUUUGUAGCCCCACAAAUGCCACUAGUACAGUCAAGGACAAUUGCAUCCCAGGGCACUGGCCCGAUGCUGCCCGAUCCUCAUCCCCAAAGCAUGGCACCGGUGGGGAGCACGGGAACAGGGCCCCUGCCACCGUGCCAAAAAUACCAGUUUGCUCAUCAAAAUAGAGCAUGAUUCAUAGCUGCCUUUUCAUGCAGCUAUUAAGGAAGGAUUCACAGGGCUGGGGGUGCAGA